UGGCAACGCUGUCAAACAUGGCUGCGCUCAUUGUACGUUGUAGCAGUUUCUCAGCGUGCGCGGCAGGCCUGUGUGUCUGUCAAAAUGACUCGUUAUUCGCGGAAGAAGACUCACAAGGGCUACACAGCAUCGCACAAGAAGGACAAGACGAAGCGCAGGGCUAAAGAUAUCGACCAGAUUCAUGUCGACAUGCAGCCGGAAAACGCCGAGAAGCUUCUCAACCAGGAGGUCGACUACGACAUGCCUGGAGACGCGCAGUUCUACUGCCUGCACUGCGCGAGGUAUUUCAUGGACAAGAACUCUCUGAAUGACCACCUAAAAAGCAAGAACCACAAGCGAAGACUGAAGGCCCUGGAAGAGGAGCCAUACAGCCAGGCUGAAGCAGAAGCUGCAGCUGGCAUGGGAAAUUACAUUCCUCCCAAGAGGCGCAAAGUGGAAUCGCAGCCCCCAAAAGAGUAGCGUUUGUACAUUAAAAGCAAUGCUGGUA